AUUUUUUGCCAUUUCCCCCCCCCCCUUUCCCCUCCCCUUCCUUUUCUCCCUCCACUUUCUCCUUUUUGGCUGUCAACUGGGGCUACUCCGUACUGUAUGCGACGCGGCAAAGGGUUGUGUGAGUGUGUGUGCAGAAAAUAAUCCUAAUUAACGGCACGGGCUUCGGUGGAAACACCCAUCAGCCACCCUCAUUCUACUUUGGAAUUUCUUCAGCUAUUUUAUCUCUUUUUUCUUUUUUUUUCUUCGCUCUUGCUCGUUUAUUUUAAACCUUCUGUCUUACAUGUUCAUUCGACCGCUCUCCAACGGGCCGAUCAGUUGAUAUCAUUCCACGUGUGGGAUAGAGUAACUGUAUGUUCGAUGUUGCGCUUGCCUAAUAGAGUCUUGUCUAGUGCAACUGGGCCUCUCCUUCUGGAUUGUAUUGUCGACUCUUAUUCUUCUUUAUUUUCCUAAUCGGUCAUCCUUUUUCUUUUUUCCUUUUCUUUUCAUCUUUACCUUGCCCCCCUCCCUCCUACUUCUUCUAUCUCUCUUCCUCCACCUCCUCCUCGACCGCGCCUUUUCUCUGCCUUCCCUACCCGCUGUCCAGCUCAAUGGGCGACGUAGGCCGGGCCUUUAGGCCAAUUGCUCCCCGGACCAUGCCUCCCGGUGGCGGGGGAGGAGGCCAACCACCACUUGGUAGCAGCAGCGGCGGAGGUACUCCGGAGGACGGCAGGAUGAAAAGAGCUUCGACUGCGUGUAAAGAGUGCCAGAAACGUCGGACAAGGUGCACCGGACCACCUAAAUGCUCGGAAUGCGACACACAUGAUCGAGAAUGUACCUUUGACGAACAAGCCGACAGGCGGCGCAAGGCAAAUGCGAAACGGACACAGGAAGAGCUGGCCAGCUUAACAGAGUUCACGGAGCAGCUCCUAAAUGUUAUUCGAUAUUCCAACAACGCAACUACACAGCACGUCGUCAAUGUUAUUCGCUCUAGCACAUCACGGGAGGAAAUUCAAAGCGUCUUAAUACAGAUUUUGGCCCAGCAUCCCGAAUUGGCGCAGCAACCACUUGGUCCGCCUGGCCUACCUCCUCCUCAUCAGCAACAUCCUUCUGCUGCUCCUCACCACGUUCCCAACGACCUCGAUCCGCAUAAUCUCGGCCCUUAUUUUGAUCCCCGAUAGUACUCGGGAACGGAGAUUACAGGCCCCGGCGCUGGGGACAACAUGUUGCAUUAUAACUGGAGUGACUCGGGGUUCUUUUGAUCAUUGUUUGAUCCUGGACGCAAAGUCUGGAAUUUUGCACUUUUCCGAUGCUUAGCGAUCGCAUUCACGACAUGAUCUUACGCUGCCAAAAUCGAUUCAUUCUGAUAUGGAUCCGUUUGGUUGGUGUUUUUCCUUCCUUUUUGCGCUGAAUUGAUUUGCUAGCUUGUUUUUCUUGCCUAUGUUUUCAUCUUGAUAAUGAGCUUGUGUUCCAUUCGCGACUGUUCUUUUUCUACUCUUUUUAUUCGAUCGGGCUCGGAUCCCUUGUGCUGAAGAAUCGUCAGCUCAGGAACUUUCCCCACACGAGGCUGACAGAGCUAUCAAAGAUAAGCUGCAGCAAUAAAGCCUUUUUUGAGCAUCCUCGAAGUUAAUGACCCUUAUGCACUAUACAUUUCUCACUUUUUGUUGCCUUGGUUUUGUAUUCUGUUCAAUUUCUUCUCAUGUGAGCCACUGGGUAUGUUGUUAGCGGGUCACAAGCUGGCUCGCGCUACGGGCCGCAAUGAUCCGAGUGAAGGCCUUAUAUCCUUGAUCCUGGACCCCGGGCGCAGGAGUCUCGGUGCACGAGUCCAUCUGAUUACCUUGGGAAUUUUGACUGGGAUUUUGUAAACUUCAGCUUGCUUUCGCGAUGACGUUGGCUAAGUUUGGGCCCCGGAGCGCAACGGCCCAGCAUUUUACUCCCAUGCAUCGACGAUAAGAGGCAACGCCACUUACGGAUGUGGUCCUGAACGAUAGCUACUCGGCUGGAACGUGCAACCUGUCGCAACAAGUGAACGGUGUCUCAAAGAUCCAGAGUUGUCUGAACAGAUUUGAUCACCUGACACCGUGUACAUGCAGAAAAAGAGCUAGGAGGGAGUUCGCCUUGCGCCUCGGUUACUUUUGCUUCAGGUUGGGCUGUCUGUAACUUUCUGCACAAACCAUCAUUUCUAUGGAAAGGAGAAGAGUCUAUUUACGUCGCAAAUCUACUACUCGGUCAGGCCUAUUGCAGGAUAAUUUUGGUUUGAAGCAAGCAAGAUUGUUGGACCAGCCAAAUCAGGAUUUUAAAAGGCGCUUUUUCAGUGCAGUAUGAAGUACUGGAAAAUGUGCUGAAUGAAUCAAUUCAAAUAAAUCGUCAUACAAC